GUGCCACCGCGCUCCCCCCCAAAGAUGGCGGCGGCCGGCGGCGGCCCCUUACGGCUGCGGCUGCUCUUCGACUACCCGCCGCCGGGCAGCCCGGGCUGCGCGCUGUGCUGGCUGCUGCUGGAGCCCGGCCAGGUGCGCCUCGUCACCGACCUCGUCAGCCUCAUCCGCCACCGCUUCGGCUUCAGCCGGCGGGCCCGCCUCAGCCUCUUCCUGGAGGGCGCGCUGCUGCCCCCGACCGAGAGCGCCCGCCUCGUGCGGGACAACGACUCGCUCCGAGUCAAACUGGAAGAGAUAGUUGCAGAGGAUUACAAAGAGACAGAUGAUGGCUUCUCUUACCUGCCAAAAGACAAAAAAAGGCGAAGGCAAAAGGAGGAGGAGGAAGAAGAAUUAUCUAUAAAUGAAGAUGAUGGGCAUAAAAGGGAAAAGAAAAAGAAUAAACAUAAUCCUGAGCAUUCCUCUUGUAGGGAAGAGGCCUCUGUAGAUAUUUGGGAGUCUCAAAAAAGGUACAAGAAAAGAAAAAAAAAGGAAGAAGUUAGUGGAAGAAAUAAACUCACAGGAGGUAAGGAAGAGAGCUCUACUGACCAAUCUAAAAAGCUUAACAAAAGGGAGAGGGAGAAACAGUUGCCAACAAAAAAGAAGGAUGAAAAGCAGACACAGGCAGCUGCAGCAAAGAUGGCUUUAGAACAGGCAAAUAAGAGCUUGUCUCUAAAUUCUAGUGACAGUAACACAAAAAAAACCACAACACAGUGCAGAAAAAAGAGGGUGGGAACUUCAGAUUCCUCCAGCACAUCAACUGACAGUGACAACAGUGAAUUAAACGUAAAGCAAAAUAAAUUUUCUUGUAAACCUGUAGUGGCAACGCUUCCCAAAGACAAAUUCCAAGCUGCUGCAAAUUCUAAUGUGAAAACUGUUGCUUCUAAUAAAGUGACUGUAAAGUCUAACGCUGGAAACUGCACUAAGACUGCACUUAGUAAAAAUGCUCAAAAAUCCCAGUCCUCGAGUUCAGAUUCUGACUCGAGUACAGAAGAUGAGAAAGUGGCAACAGCACAAGACAGUACUGCGAAGAAGUCACCGCCUAACAACGCGGCAGCUGUAAAAACCAGUACCACCAAGGCUCCCAAAGCAAAGACCUCCUCUUCAGAGUCUGAUAGUUCAGAUUCAGAAACACUUGUUAUUAAAAAAUCCACAGCAAAUGCUGGACUGAGUAAUUCCAUAGUAAGAAACUCUAUUAAACAGUCCCCAACCAGUAUUCAAGGACCACUUGCCAGCCCAGGCCGUGGAAAGGGGCGUGGAACAGGAGAGGAUAACUUCUGGAGAGGACCUAGGGGCCGUGGGUUUCGUGGGAUGAUGAGGGGCCAAGGCCAUGGGAGAGGAGCAAACCCCAACUUCUUCUAUAACUACAGCAGUGAAGGCCAGAAACAGAGGCAGUUAAAUGAAACUGCGACAAACACUUCUGUUCUUGUCCAGAAUCCUGUGGAGGUCCCCAAGAGAAACUAUAGUGUGUUACCUCUUCUAGCUGCUCCACCACAAGUGGGAGAAAGAAUUGCCUUUAAGCGCUUGGAACUAACGGCAAAUUACAGUCCUGAAGUUUCAGACUAUAAGGAGGGAAAAAUAAUCAGUUGGAAUGCUGAUAAAAAACAGAUUGAGCUUGAGAUCCUUUCGUCAUCACCAGCACAAUUUGCUAAAGAGCCAGGGAAAUUUGAUCUGGUUUACCAGUCUGCGGAUGGAGCGGAACUGAUAGAGUAUGCUGUUCCUCAGGAUACAAAGAUAACUGAAAGUUGGGAUGCACUGAUAGAGCCAAGGCUGAUUGUUGAGCCCCCAGUGAAUGGAUCCAGCAUUGAAAAUGAACACUGAACAAUGUACGAUGUGAAAAAAUCAGAAUGGCUCGCCAGGUUCUGCGCUUCACCAGAGCACUGCGCUUCAGUGACAUCUCUGCUAGUUACCAGCACUGAGGCAGCACCUCGUACCCAUGAAGUACUUGCAUCUUGGCAAGUCUUAAAAUUUUAGAUACUCCCUGUCCUGGGUAGUUGAUUCUUAAACAGGAGACAUGGAAAAAAGCCCCUAGAUACAAACACAUACCUGACAAACUGUAUGUCAUGGUUUAGCUAACAUGUAGUCGUGACAAGGGCGUGACUACAUUAAAAUGCUGCACACCUUUGCAUUACCUCUAUUAAAAUGUCUUGUUUGCAAAGGAAUCAUUUUUAUAUGAGUAAAACUAAUCUGUGUAUUGUGGUUCUCUUCAGUUGCCAUUGUUUCAUGCUAGUGCUUGUUUUUUAGAGAAAGGGAUGGUUAGAUUCAUGUAUCUAUAUUCUUGCAAACUGGGUAAAAAGAAAAUUCCAGAGCUUCUAGCACAGUUGUGCUGAGCCAGUUGGGGUUAAUGGAAAGACUUUUUUUCUAAAGGAAAUCAUUAAUUUUGGAUUCUUAAGAAAUUGCAGAAACAAAAUGCAAGUAUUUCACAGCAUUUUAGAGCAGGAUUCGCCUCUUGUUCCUUUGCCUACUGUGUGUUUGGGCUAUAAAUUAAAUGGAUACAGAAUCCCUCUGGCUGUGACUUAACAUGAUGGUUGAAAAGAAACAUACUUCAGAGAGAGGAUGUUUUGAAGAUACAAUCUUGAGUUUUAUUUAUCCAUUGUUACCAAGUUUGGGUGGAACUGCAGGUUUCAAUGCACAAUUUCAACCAAAUCAAGUAAACACAGGGUGAGGGAGCUGGCUGGCUGCCCCUCCUGUCACACCACCCACCUCUCGACAGCCACACACAGGUUCCUCAUACCUGGGGAGCCAGGGCAGGGCCCAGGCGCUGCAUGGUGAGAAAUGUGGAACGUGCGUGUGAAUCCCAGAAGCAGCUGGUGAUGCUCUGAACAAACGCCCGUCUGUUGUGAGCCCCUUUGCUGGGGCAGCCCCACUGUCAGUCACGGGGGCUCCUUGCCACCCUCCUCCAUGCAAUUUAGCAUUAUGGGUUUGUUUAAAAAGCUUGUUAAAAGUUUUUGACGAGUUCUAGCCUCACGACUCAAAACGAGGAUGUGUUUGAGCUGCGAGCCACAGGCCCAGCGGCACAACGUGCCACAGGCCCACAGCUGAGCCCCGGCAGGAGGCUGAAGCCAGAGCUGCUGAGCUGAUCUUAGAUCUGAAAGUUUGCUGCUGUGACUACAGACCUUGCAACUAUACAUACUGCUUGCUCUGUACGAAUUUGGGGUAAUUUAUAAUUCUGAUAGGCAAAUCAUACCUACUUAAACCACUUUGAAUAUUAAAUCCAAAAAAGGCAAAGAUUACUGGAACAGCUGUCUCGAUGUUUGUGCAGCCACAUGUACAUGAACCGUUGAUUCUGCUGUGCUUCUAACUU